AUGGCUCCUAGGAAAGCAGCCGCUAAGCGAGCCACCACACAAGCCGAAUCCGGCACGACGAGCGCGACAGCCGAGUCAUCAAAAACGGCCUCUAAAAAGACUAAAAAAUCAUCACCUAAAACAAAAGCACUCGGUGCCAAACGUGCGGCAUUAAAGGAGAUCAUUAGAAAGAAAGAGAGGAAAAUCCAUACCUCUACUACUUUCCGUCGUCCCAAAACUCUGCGAUUGCUGCGUGAUCCCAAGUAUGUGCGCAGGUCCGUUCUCCGUGCGCCGAAAUUGGACAAACACACGAUAUUGAAGUAUCCACUGAGUACAGAGAGUGCGAUGAAAAAGAUUGAGGACAAUAAUACUUUGGUCUUUAUCGUGGAUGUGAGAGCGAACAAGCGACAUAUUAAAGACGCCGUUAAGAAGCUCUAUAAUGUGGAAGCGGUCAAGAUUAACACAUUGAUCAGACCGGAUGGUAAUAAGAAGGCUUACGUCCGUCUCAGUCCUGAUGUUGAAGCUCUGGAAGCUGCCAACAAGAUUGGAUUUAUCUAA